CCGUCGUUCAGACAAUGACAUUCCUGCCCGGCAGUGACACGUUGCUAGAGCUUUAAUUAUUUCGUCCGGUGGCCUAGAAUAGGGGUCAUGGCAACCUCUUCUGCGAUGAUGCUUCGGCAUCACUCUUCGUCCCCAUCAUCUUGCUCUUGCUCGCAGCACAUCGGUGACUGACCGUCAUUCAAACCUCUUUCCGACACGAAACGCGACAAAUAUUAAUAAACUCGGCAUCUGAAGGGCGGGACACAAGAAAACAAAAAAAAAAAAAAAAACAAAAAAAGAUGCCAGAAACCCGCUAUUUCGUCCUCCCCGACCAGCGGCAGGUCGCAUACGGCAUCUACGGCGCACAGGAUGCGGCCUCGACCGUGUUCUACUUUCACGGAUGCCCGUCCUCCCACCACGAGGCAUUCUUGCUGUCCGAGGCCGGGCGGCGCCACGGCCUGCGCAUCAUCGCGCCUUCUCGGCCGGGCAGCGGCGGCUCGGCGUUCCGCGAGAACGGCACGCUUCUCGAGUACGCCGACGACGUCCUCGCGCUCGCCGACCACCUCGACGUCCCCCGCUUCGGCAUCGUAGCCGUGUCGGGCGGCGCCCCCUACGCGUUCGCCUGUCGGAAGCGCAUCCCGCGCACGCGGCUGACGGCGGUCGGGAUCGUGGCCGGGAUCUACCCGGUUACCAGCUUCGGCACGGCCGGGAUGAAGCUGCCGUCGCGGGUCAUGCUCCGGCUUGCCACGUGGUUCCCGAGCAUCGUGGCCUGGGCCAUCGACAGGCAGCUGGGCGCGGUGGCCCGGGACGAGGACGGGAAGAAGAAGCUGGAGGCGCUGUUGGUAGCAGAUAUGCAGCAGGAGGCGACCUGGGAGAGCGACAAGCUGGCCUGGGAAGCGGCAGCUCCGGAAGCUCGGGAGGCCGUAGUCAUGGGCAUCCGGGAGGGCGUGAGGUAUGGGGGCCGCGGCCCCGCUUGGGAGAUGAAGUUGUACGCAAGCCAUUGGGGGUUUGAGUUAGACGAGGUCCGGCCGGGCCAUGAGAACGAGCUUGUUCUGUGGCACGGAGACCUGGACGCCAAUGUGCCGCUGGCCAUGGCGGAAAAGGCUGCCCGGCAACUCGGUCCGGAUGCGGGAUUGAGAGUUGUUGAGGGCCAGGGACAUGGGGCCCUCACAUUCCACAGGGCUGACGAGAUCAUGUCGACAAUGAGGGAUAAUAUGCUAAGGGCGAUUUGAUGGUGAUGAAGAUUGUUAACAACUUGGGCGGCUAGCAACCCAGACAUGGACGGCGGGAGAACAAAAGACGGGGGAAUGUGCCGGACGAGACCUUCUCUAGAUUGAAGAAGACAAUCAUGUACCAGAGCUCAUUCGGCAAACGUUUGAGGUGCUUGGAUUACUUUAUGAUCCGUAAUUCUUGGAGCUUUUUUAUUAACACGAAUGCUGGGCUGCCUAUCCAAGGUUUGUAAUUAAAACGAGGAGAGCAAGGGACUUAAUAGUUGUAUUAUUAUACAGGAGUCGAAAAUGUACCAUCAGUUAUUAUUAUGCUUCCAAACCGCAACAUGACAUAUUAUGAACAGAACGUCAA